AUGACCUCCAGCAGCAGUAGCUUCACGGUGCUGGCACUGAGCCCCAGCAGUAACCCUCAAGAAUCAUCAGACAACAGUCUCAUCCAAGGAGAAGCUGAUGUCACCACAGAGGAGAGGCCGCAGAGCACUGCCCAACAGGAUGCAGAGGGAGAGGUCAAUGCCUGGCAGAGGGCUGAGGAGGAAUCCCCCAACCUGGUGAAGAAGCGCUCGCUGAGGCCAAGAGGAGCUUCUGAAAGGUUGCUCUGGGAAGGGCAAACGGGUUCUCAGAGUCGAGCAGAUGCUCAGAGACGAGCAGAUGCUCAGAGAGCAGCAGGAUCACAGGCAGCUUCUGCGGGCCAGUUCCGCUGCCAGGACUGCGGCAAAGUGUUCUCCUACAAAUCCCAGUUCGACAUCCACCGGCGCUCGCACACCGGGGAGCGGCCCUUCAAGUGCACCCAGUGCGGCCAUGGCUUCAUGCAGCCCUCGGACCUGCGGGUGCACAUGCGCAUCCACCAGGGGAUGCGGCCCUACCAGUGCCCCACCUGCCAGGCCACCUUCACGCAUCAGUCCACGCUGACCGGACACCUGCGCGUACACUCGCAGGAGCGCCCCUUCCGCUGCGACCACUGCUUCAAGGCCUUCAGCCACCGGGGCAACCUCAACGUGCACCUGCGCACCCACAACGGCCAGAAGCCCUACCUCUGCACGUUGUGCGACAAGCAAUUCCGGCAGCUGGGCACCUUCAACCGCCACUUCAAGCUGCACCGCUCUCCCCAGAGCCACCAGAGGAUCCUGGCCAGGGCCCAGAGCGCAAAGCAGCACACAGACCAGACUGACUAGGCCUCUGAGGACCGGAGGGGACACAAGGGGGUUCUGCUGAAAUUAUGUCAACAGGGGCUCUGCUAAGAAAAAUGAAGAAUGUGCCUCCUUCACCACACGGUGAAGGAUGAAUACAGGAUGAUCUCAUUCAUGGAGGUUGGGAGACAU